GUUUAAUGUCAGUGCUAUUGUUUACCUUUAACUUUAAUGUUUAUAAAUUCGAUUGUUGCUUUAGAUAAGCUAUUAUCAAAAAUACAGUAGAUUCGUGGUACUCGGAGGCAAUGUAUUGUUCAACAACAAUCAAUUUUAUUAAGUGCAGGUAGGGCCAUUUAGCUGCAUUAAGGGCAGGCUUGAAUAUGAACUUGAAAGGAACUUCCACCGGGAGGAAAUGUUAAUGUAAUAAUAACUUUAAAAUGAAUGUUAUUAAACAAGAGCCAAGUAGCCUGGAAGAGUUGUGGAUUCAAAAUAAUCUGGGGGUCUCUCUCUCCCAUUGUGAUCAAAAUAUUCUAGUCUCCCAAGAGCAUGGAAACUUUGAUUUUAAAAAUGAAUCCCAAGCUCAGAUUGCGGAAUGCAAUGGAUUUGUUGAACAUACCGAAUGUAAAAUCGAAGUCCUGGAGCACUCUUUAUUAAGUAAUUUUCAGGGGGAUCUUUCAGCUCCGAACUUUCAAAGAACUUUCAGGGAGCGAAAGUAUUUUUCAUGUGCAUUCUGUAGUUACAGGACCAAGUUCAAAUACAAUUUAAUUAGACAUGUUAAUAUUCAUGGACCUGUGCCUAGUCAAGUUGCACAGUUUAAAUGUACCCAGUGUCCAUUUGAAAGCGACAAAAAUUCUUCUUUGCAAAGGCAUUUAAAAGUACAUUCGGGUAUAUUUUACAAAUGUGCACAUUGUGACUUUGAGACCAAACACAAGGAAAACCUGCCGAAACAUUUGUUGAGGCACAAAGAUCCCAGUGAGUGCAGAAUGUAUGACUGUGAUGAAUGUGAAUAUGAGACUAAAGAUAAACUGGGCCUUAAACGGCAUAUGUUAACCCACAGGAGAUUAGAAGAAGUAGAACAUUUUAAGUGUGGAUUGUGCAAUUUUAUGACAAAGCAUCAACUUUCAUACAACAAUCAUUUGCUCAAGAUUCAUAACAAGGAUAAAAUCGAGAAAUUCCAAUGUCCCGAAUGCGACUUUGGUACCUAUCAUAAAAUUUCUCUUAAAAAUCACAUACUAACCCAUAGAAAGCCAGGCGAAGUUCCUAUGUACAAAUGUCCAGAAUGUCCAUAUGAAACGAAAAAUAAACAGUUUUUACCCAAUCACAUGAAAAGACAUCAGGGUACAAUGCCAUGCCCCAAGUGCCAGAAGCAAAUCUGUCGCAGAGGCAUGACUUUGCACUUGAAAACGCAUGAAUCCAAAGAAGCAAAGAAAAAAUAUCAAUGUGAACAUUGUGAUUACGGGACUCUCUACUUUGGAAAUAUGAGUCGACAUAAGAAAAUAAUGCAUUCGAACAAGGCUGAAAUUGACUAUAAGCUGUGCCCAGAGUGUCCAUUUAAGACUUUUGAAAAUGCUAGGUUGAAAAGACACAUAAAAGAAAUGCACUGCGACGAUGCUCCUCAAUUUAAUUGUGAUCACUGCGAUUUUACAUCCAAGUUUAGAUCUUGCCUUAAACGGCACAUUGAUACUGCUCAUAUCAACACGGAUCCUGUUACUUGUCCAGUUUGCCAGAAACAGUCGGCCAAUGUUUACACCUUAAGGAUUCAUAUGAAACUGCACAAACCAGAAGGUGAAAUAAAAAUGUUUCAAUGUGCGGAGUGUCCGUAUAAAACACGGCACAGUGGCGCGUAUAAAGACCAUGUAAGAAAGCAUGAAACGCCAACUAAAUAUGACUGUAAAAACUGCCCGUUUAAGUCAGACGAUAAAUCCUUGUGGAACAAUCAUAUUUCAAGAAAAACGGACGUCAAUAUCCCAGAAAAUACAAUUAGCUGUAAGCUUUGUUGUUACCGAACCCGGCAGAACGACAAUUUACAACUUCAUGUAAUUAGGAAGCAUGAACGAGACAGGAGGCGGAAGAAAUGUUCGCAUUGUACUUUGUGUGAUUUUAAAUCUUCGAAUAGGAAGUUAUUUGCAAAUCACCUGAAGGGCCAUAAGACUAAAUAUCCAAGUAAGCUGGAGGAAGAAGCAUUUUAUGCUUUUGAGGAUGCGGACAGUUUGGAGGAAACCUCCUCCUCAAGCAAGGGGGAUGUCUGAAUUUCUUGGACCUAGGAAAAGUUUCGUAUUGAAUGAGGCGCUGUAAUGUACGGGAAGGUAUUGAAAAAAUCAUACUUUUAAAGUGAUUGAAUUGUGGCUGCGUGGAAGUACUACUACUAAAUUAAGCUGAAGGAAAUGAUCAAUUAUGGAAAAUUGCAAUAUUGCUCAUCGCUGUGAAAAGUUAGUUAUAAUCGUCUAAACUUCCACGUGAAAGUUCAUAGUGUAAAUUGUAAAGAAAGUACUACAAGCAUGGAUAGCUUUUCGCAAAUAUUUCCAAACUCUUGUAAACUGAGCUAACUUAUUAUAUAAAACUAAAUUUUUUAUUUAUUAAUCAAUAAACAAUGUAACUGUAUUUUACAGUGAUUUUGGA